UGCAUGCCACGGUUUAUUAUUUACCUGAACGGGUCGCGAGUAAAAUGCGAAUAAUUCAUAAUCGUGAAAGAACACGAUUUUUAACGAAUUUUAACAAUAAAAUCAGUAACACUUUCAAGUGAUCAUUGUAAGUGAUAUAAUCAUAAUAUUGUAAACUCAAAAAUGUUUAAGGGCAAAUUUGAUAGAUUGUUACCUGUCCGUUGUCAUUUCUGAUAAUCGGCAUGAGACGUGCCAACUCACCUACUAUCAGUUAGAUACGAAUUCUGUUACGACAGUAUGUGUUCAACGAGAAACAGUUUAUAAUUUGCAAUGAGAUAAAUUUGUAUGGUAAGCCUGUAAAAAAGGAUUGCGAUACGAUGGCAAGCACAGCUAUCGCAACUAACCCGGAAAAUAAUUCCAAAUUUUUGGAGUCGUUGCAAGCUGAUUUUAAGUCUCUUGCUUCUGAAACGAAGAAAAAGUAUCCACAAAUCAAAGAAUCAUGCGAGGAAGGAAUUACAAAAAUAAGAUCCGCUGCAAAUGCUUCGGGUACACCUAUUUAUUAUAUUGUUAAUCAAAUCUUGUAUCCUUUGGUUCAAGGCUGUGAGAGUAAAGAUGUAAAAAUUAUUAAGUUUUGUUUAAGUAUAAUGCAAAGGUUAAUCACGCAACAAGCUGUUGAUCAAAAAGGUGCUCGUUAUAUUACGGACACACUAUGGAUGUUGAUGGAAACAGGAACAGAAGAAGUUAAAGUUUUACAAACUGUAACUUUGUUACUCACAAGUAAUACUAUUGUACAUGGUGAAACGCUUGCAAGGAAUCUGGUUCUUUGCUUCCGCUUACAUUUUACAAAAGAUUGUACAACAAUCAAUACAGCAGGAGCCACAGUGAGGCAACUAGUAUCUCUGGUAUUUGAGCGUGUUGUUGCAGAAGAUGAACAGGGUCUUGAUAAUGUAAAUUUUGAUGAAAUAAAUUUAGAAGAACUGAAAAUCCCGACUAAUCAGGCACCCAAAGGUUUAGGACCAUGUGCUGCCGAUGCAUAUUUAAUGUUUCAAGAUUUAGUGCAAUUAGUGAAUGCAGAUCAACCUUAUUGGUUAAUUGGUAUUACUGAAAUGACACGUACAUUUGGGUUAGAAUUGCUAGAAUCUGUUUUAACGAACUUUUCAUCUGUAUUUUUUAAGCACUCAGAAUUUAGCUUUUUGUUAAAGGAAAGGGUUUGUGCCCUUGUAAUUAAACUAUUUUCACCCAAUAUCAAAUAUCGUAAUUCUGUUCCGGCAUCACUUCAGCAAGCUACACCUCUGGAUAAACCUUAUUUCCCUAUUAGCAUGAGACUUCUCAGAGUUGUUUGUAUUUUAAUACAAAAGUAUCAUUCUCUUUUGGUGACAGAAUGUGAAAUAUUUUUAUCUUUAAUUGUUAAAUUUUUGGAUCCUGAUAAGCCAACUUGGCAGAGAGCUUUAGCAUUGGAGGUCUUACACAAAAUGACAGUUCAAUCUGAUCUGCUUACAAACUUCUGUGAAUGUUAUGAUUUAAAGCCUCAUGCAACUAAUAUUUUUCAAGACAUUGUCAAUAGUUUGGGUGCCUAUGUACAUAGCCUUUUCGUUAAUCCUCAAAUGAUGAAUCAAACCAAUAUGGCGACAGGUACAGCAGUACCACAAAAUACUACUUCUCCAUUAUUCACGGGAAUGCCAAUAGGUCCUGGUGUUUCCCCUCAGCCUGGUUUUUACUCGCGUGGUAUUUGGCUGCCGGUAGUUGCGACAUUCACAAGUGGUCAAGCUAAAUCUACUUACUUGGACAUGCUUGAUAAAGUUGAGCCACCACAGAUUCCAGUUGGCUAUGGAAUAAGUAUAGCCUAUGCAUGUUUAUUGGAUAUUAUACGUUCCAUCUCUUUCGCCAUUAACGGCUCUGGUGAAGUUUUAACUGGAAAUCAAUCUUAUAAACCAAGCGAAUCUGAACGUAAACUUCACACCCAGCUUGUUAAUUCUAGCUGGUGUGGACUGUUAGCAGCGUUAAGUCCGCUCAUAGAUGCCAGCACCGACGAAUCUGCAACGGAGAACGUAUUAAAAGCAAUUCAAACUUUUGCGUCUCUGUGUGGACAACUAGAGCUACAGACUCCACGUGAUGCAUUCAUUACUGCAAUCUGUAAAGCUUCGUUACCUCCUCACUAUGCAUUGACCGUAUUGUAUAAUGCUCCCCAGGGUAUACCGAGCGCAAGACAACAAGAUUCCACUCAAUACAAUUUAACUAUUGGAGAACCGGAUUAUCGGCAACAGGUAGUUGCUGUUGGUACUCCAUUGCCUACCGCAUCUCUACCAGUUGGUGCGCACCAAGGGCCUGUUAUGUUAACAGCAAAGAAUUUGCAGUGCAUGCGUGCGUUACUUUCUCUCGCACAUUGUCAUGGAAGCAUACUCGGUGGUGCAUGGCACUUAGUACUUACGACAUUGCAGCAUCUUGUCUGGAUACUUGGCUUAAAACCUUCUACAGGAGGAUCUUUGAAAGCUGGUAGAACUGCUGCCGAUCCAAACGCAGUACUAACAAAUGCAGUUAUGGCAGAUUUACCUGUACUCAGUGCCAUGCUUAGCAGACUGUUUGAAAGUAGUCAACAUUUGGAUGAUGUAGCUUUACAUCAUCUAAUAGAUGCACUUUGUAAAUUAAGCCACGAAGCGAUGGAGUUGGCAUAUUCUAAUAGGGAACCAUCACUGUUUGCAGUGGCAAAACUAUUAGAAACUGGUUUGGUAAAUUUGCCCCGGGUAGAAGUUUUAUGGAGACCACUAACGAAUCAUUUACUAGAAGUUUGUCAACAUCCGCAUAUUCGUAUGAGAGAAUGGGGAGUGGAAGCUAUUACGUACCUUGUCAAAAUGGCACUGCAGCAUAAAUAUCCACAACCUUUACGCGAUAAUCAAAAACUGCAGACUUUACUGCUAGGGCCAUUAUCGGAAUUAUCAUCAGUACGUCAUGGUGAUGUAAGACAACGUCAAUUGGAGUGCGUUUUACAAGUAUUACAUGGUGCAGGAGAGACAUUAUAUCAUGGUUGGCCCUUGGUACUCGGUAUUAUUGGAGCAGUAUCAGAUCAUCAUGGAGAAGCCUUAGUCAGAAUAGCUUUUCAAUGCUUACAACUGGUAGUAACUGAUUUUCUACCAGUGAUGCCUUGGCGGUGUCUUCCACUUUGCGUCGACACAGCUGCCAAGUUUGGUUCACAAACGCAAGAAUUGAAUAUCUCGCUUACUGCUGUUGGAUUAAUGUGGAAUAUAAGCGAUUAUUUUUAUCAAAAUCAAGAAAAACUCUGCGUUUCUCUAAAAGGAGAUUCAUCAUCCGUAUUCCCAGACUUUCCUGGUACAACGAAUAUGCCUGCGUUUGAUAAACUUUGGAUGUGCCUAUAUGCGAGAUUAGGAGACUUAUGCGUGGAUCCACGACCCGCAGUGCGCAAAUCAGCUAGUCAGACUUUAUUUUCUACAAUAUCUGCUCAUGGUAGUUUGUUGCAUCAACCAACAUGGCAAGCUGUGCUUUGGCAGGUCCUUUUUCCAUUAUUAGACAAAGUAAGGAGCUUAUCUAAUUCAGCAAGCAGUGAAAAAGUUGACACUAGUGGAAACAUACUUAUUCAUCACAGUAGAAAUACAGCACAGAAGCAAUGGGCUGAAACGCAGGUGUUGACAUUGAGCGGUGUUGGAAGAGUAUUUAAUACAAAACGUCAACUUUUACAAAUGUUGGGAGAUUUUCCUAAUGCUUGGUCUCUUUUAUUAGAAUUCAUAGAAAAUUCAGCGCUUAGUAAAAAUAAUGAGGUGUCAUUGGCAGCUUUAAAAUCAUUUCAAGAGAUUCUAUAUCUCCAAAAAGGAAGCGAUAAUAACGAAGUCGUUCAGUCAAAUGACUCUGAAGCAUUGUGGAUUGUUGCUUGUCGUGUGUGGCUUCACAUCGGAAUGGAAAGUACAACACCACCCCAAGAAUGCGAAACAGAACCCUAUAUACCUUCGCAAGCAUUUUUAACUGCGUUGGUUCAUAUAUUUCCAGCUGUUUUCCAACACAUCAGAAACAAAGUUACUGGUCCGGAUUUACAAAAACUUUGCACAGUGUUAAAAAAUGCAGUUGCGGUUCCAGUACACGGCGAAUCAACACCGUUUAUCGUACCUACAAUGCCAGAUGUCGUUCUUACUCAUUUGCAAGAUGGUGUACUUCAUUCCAUGGAGCUUUUGCAAAAGGAAGCACUAAACGGACCUGACAAUUUGCGAACAAUGAUCGUACUAAUAUUUCUUCAGCUGCUAAGUUUUUCAAAAUUGGCUUGUGAAGCGCCUACGUAUGGUAAAAUACCAACGAAACACAUUUCCCAAGUUAGAGGUGUAUCUGCUGAUUGGGUGACCAUGAAUUAUGUUCCUUUUGGAGAAAAAGCCUUAGCAAUGGUCGUUACAUUGUAUCAAAAAACGGCACACGAAAUGGCAGUAAUAGAUGGACAAGUUUUAAAACACAUUAUAGAGGCGUUGCAUGUGCCUUUGUUGAUGAAAUAUACUUGCCCAUCGCCGACAACUUGGAAAUUAGCUGUUACUAGUCUGCUUGCUGUUCUACAUACCGGUUUGCCCCUAGCCAGAAAAUAUCCAGAACAAUUUCAAAGUAUGUGGCCAGAACUAGCGAAUACUCUGGAUGACUUCUUGUUUCCAAAGAGCGUACUAAAUGUGGAACGAGGUGUUGAAGAAAUCCAAGCAGAUGAAGCCGUAGAUUGUCAAGUGAUGGAACUACUACGCGACGAAGUGCUACCACAUUCUCAGCACAUACCUCAUCAAUUUAUCUUACGAGUAGUAAUGCUUUUAAACAAAGGUUCCAUACAUUCAGCAACAACGACAAAUAUUGAAAAUGGUACAGAAACCAAAUUAAGGGAAGAAUUUGCAAAGACAUGUUUUGAAACAUUGCUACAAUUUUCUCUUCUGGAUGGACUAAAUAAUGAGUCAGAGCAUGAUACUUCCAAGAAACCUGAACACGAUGAAGGAGGCGUAGCAGGACGAUUAGCAGUUACUGCUCUUCUUCAUAGGUUCCAAGAAGUUUUACGUCGAUAUAUAGAAAAUGAAAGGCGAAGUGGAAAGUGCCCAUUACCUAGGUACAGAUUAUCUGAAAUUUCAUUUGUUCUGAAAGCUGUUGCAACACUUGUAGUGUCACUAAAAAAAGCACCUCCAAAUAAAGUUGAAAAGUCAGUAUGGGAGCAACUGAUCGGAUUAUACCCUUGUUUAGUAGAAUGUACAAUUGCUACAACAUCGAGCCAAGUUUCAAGAUCUUUACGGGAAGCCUUGCUUCAGUACCAUGAUCUAUUGAGGCCACCGAUUCACAGUUCCACAACAUCAAACGGUGUUUGACCAAUGCAUACUUUACUUCUUACUCGAAAUAGUAACGUUUGCUACACCGCCAAGUAGUAAACUUUUUGUAACUACGGUUACAUGUAUAAUAAACUACGUUACAAAAUUUUUACUUCCGUGUAAAUGUACAAGGCGAGGCAUCCAAGGUGAAGUACUAUUAGAAAUCAUUAUUUACACAUGUGCCGAAAAGUUUAUCUCUCAAACAUUAGAAAUUUUUCGUUAUCAUGUAACAAAGGUAAACAAAUUUAAUUCUCAUCUUGGUUUUUAUAAUGUAAACAAUUUAAUUUUGUAAAUUGCAAUAGAUUUUUAUAGAACAAUAGUUUUAAUUAGUAGUUUAAUACUAAUGUAAAAAAACGCAUUGAUCAGGUACUCAUUCAAAGUUUUCGGAGCUUCUUUUCUUUCAAAUAUUUAUGCUUGUACAAAAAUGAUCUCGAAAUUUAAGCCUUCCUUUUAGAUAAAAAGAUGGUCUUUAUAUGACGAACAAAUUUUUAUGUGCGGUGUGAUAUUUAUGGAUAAAAGCUGCAUACAAUUUUUUAUUUAACUAACAUUACCAUUUAUAAUCAGCAAAAACUAAAGUAACAUGUGGUCUAUCAUAUUUAAGUGAAAUAGCACGCAACACUAGUUUUAGGAAGUCGAAGCAAGUAUACAAAAGUUGUAUGAAAUAUUUAUUCCAUAAGUGCAAAUUGAUUAAUAACUACAAUUUAUAUACAUGCCAUGCUACUGUACAUAAUUGAUGUACAAGUUGGCUUUUCUAAUACAUAUUGUAAAUACUGAACUAAU